CAACAUCCACCAUGUCUGAGGCCUUCUACACCGCAUCAGCACACGCUUUCGAGGAUGUCGAGGUCGACGAACCUGCCGAGGCUGGUCCAUCAUCCAUGGGUGAUGCAGCGUCCAGCCUCGACGCGGCCUUCGACAUCGAGAACACGGUCCAGCUCAUCCUUGAUGGAGGGUUCAAGACUAUCGGGUUGCAGUUUCCUGAUGCACUCCUCCCUUCAAGUGUAGCCGUCUAUCGUGCCCUCCAGACCCGCAUCGCGGCGAGCGGCGCACAGGCCUACGUGCUCGCCGAUAGCACUUACGGUGCCUGCUGCCCCGACAUCCUCAGCUGCUUGCACUUGCCCGCAGACUUGCUUGUGCACUAUGGGCACGCAUGCUUGACGCCCACCGACGCCAUCCCGGUCCACUACGUCUUCCCGCGCCAAUCACUUGACGUGUCCGCUGCUGCCGAGGCCCUCAAGGAAUUAGCAGCCGGCGAGUUCGAGGGCGAAGACGCGAAGGGCGGUGCUCUCGUCGUGUGGGACGUGGCGCACGACUGGCUUGCCGACGAGAUCCAAACGGCAUUCCGCGAUUGGCCUGUGCCGGUGUCGUUCGCGACCAUUCAGAGGCCAGCGCUAGCUGGGAAGGCUGCAGCCAGCUCCAGCCAGACGAAUGCCCCCGCGGGCUCCGGGUGUUGCACAACGGGACCGAGUCAGCCGAGUUCAUGCUGCACAACCGAGGCCGCAGAGAAGGACUCAACAAAAUGCUGCGGCAACGGCGCAGCCGCCUCGUCAUGCUCAUCCUCAACCCCCCCUGCUGCCUGCAGCUCUUUAUCCCCAGUGUCCACCCCUACCACGUCUACGAAAGGCAAGGCUCCCAUGCUCCGCCGCCUCACACCUCCACCCGGCGUCCCCCUCUCCUCUACCGUUCUCCUCUAUCUGGGUCCCGAGGGCCGCUCCCUCUUAAACUUGCAGAUGAACCACGCCACCAACUCCGUGUACGCCUACAACGCCGACCGAGGGGCGUGGGCGGUCCACCCAGCCUCCUCGCGUCUCCUCUCGCGCCGCCUCUUCGCCCUGCACUCCGCAAUGGCAGCGGACGUGUUCGGCCUCGUGGUUGGGAACGUGGGCCUGGCCUCGUCUCGUGCCCUCGUCGCCGAGCUCCGUGAGGCGCUCAAGCUGGCGAAGAAGAAGUCGUAUACGCUGAGCGUGGGACGCCUUAACCCCGCCAAGCUGGCCAAUUUCGCCGAGAUCGAAUGCUUCGUGUUGGUUGGAUGCGCGGAGGGCGGGGUCGUGGAUUCCAAGGACUUUUUGCGACCCAUCAUCACGCCAUGGGAGCUCACGCUCGCCCUCAAGGGCAAGGAGGGCGUGUGGGACCCUGCGGCAUGGACGCUCGACCUCAACGCAGCGCUGGAAGAGGCCGCGGCUGUCGUUGCAAGUGAGCGCGCCGAGCCCCAUAGCGACGAGGAACUCGACUUCUCCCUGGUGACGGGCGCAUAUCGCACGCGCAAGACAUUUGGCGGCGAGGAGGAGAGGGUUGGCGGCACGGACGUCGCUUUGCGCAACAACGACAUGUCGCUCGCCAAACUGGAGUCGGCAGGCUCCAUGUUCCUCGCGACCCGCAGCUUCCAGGGUCUGGAACCACGGUAUGGCAUGGACGAGCCGGCCACACUUGAGCAGGGCCGCACCGGCGUCGCGCGCGGGUACACAGAGGAGAAGAAGUAAUACAGACUAAUCUUACGUGCUACAGCUGUACUUCUGCUAUGGAUGCGGCUGUCGCUUUCCGUAAAGCCUCUA